AUGUCCUCUCACAAAUCGGGGCCGUUCAAUCUCAGUUUUACCCCCAGCAACUCGACAACAGCAUCGCAGCAGCCAGGGGCUCCCCGUGCUCCCUAUGACGGAGGUGCAUCAAAGUGGGCGACAGCUCGGCCAGGCAGGGGGGAAUGGGCUGUGCUGGGCAGGACCUGCUCGGUGGGCACCAGAAAACCGGGCCGGGCCAUGAGCUCCCAGGAAGCGCCGCGGGCCCGGAGGUUCCCCAUCGAGGCGGGCGACUGUUGUAGUGCGGCCGCAGCUUUGGAGACACAGCAACGGGUGGGCACAGCGUGGACUGCGGGCAGGCAGUUGCGGCGCUGUCCCGCCAACCACCGCCUGACGCUGCCGCACAUCCCCAUCAACGUGUUCAUCGCCAUGGGAGGGAACUGCCGGCCCCGCAGCACCUGAGCGGCCCGUGAUGUUUAUGCACUUUGUAAAGAAAGGCCCAUCCUAACGCGA